AUGAUACAACCUGUGAUUAAAGCCAGUAGGCCCCGGCUGUGGGUCUGCUCCGACUGCCUUCUCCGACGCACUCUCUCUCCUCUGCUUAGACAGCAACGACGACGAUUCACAGGCUUUACUGCGCAUGCUCCCAAGACCUUGACGGGCGCCAUCCCCGUCACCCACAAGAACGCCGACACAAAACACGAUGACUCUCUUCUACGAUCCAUCUUCGACUCGCCCGAAACAUGGAAGCAGUUCUCUGGCGACAAGCAUGGCCGAAACGUCGGCCUCUUCCGCAACGCAUACCUCACCAGCCCCCAUGGCUUCCUCGACUUUGCCCAGGUGAGCUUGGGAAAGGCUCGUGCCCUGGUCGACAAGGUCCUCAACGCCCAGUCUCUCGACGAAUACCGCGCCAUUGUCCGCCAUCUCGAUCGCCUAAGCGAUAUCCUGUGUCGCGUCUUGGACAUGGCCGACUUUGUGCGCGUCACCCAUCCUGACCAGCAAAUCCAGAGGACCGCCUCGAUGGCCUGGGACAUGAUGUACGAGUACAUGAACCAGCUCAACACCAUGACGGGCUUGUACGACCAGUUGGUCAAGGCAAUGGACAACCCACAUGUUAGCACCACCUGGUCUGAGGAGGAGAGGAUGGUGGCCGAGGUCCUCAAGCUCGACUUCGCCAAGUCCGCCGUUCACUUUCCCAAGGACGCUCGGGACAAGUUUGUCCACCUGUCGUCGGCAAUUAGCCAGACUGGAACCAACUUUAUCCAGCACAUGGAACCCAAGAUCCCAUACACCACUGUUGAAAAGUCCCGGAUGAUGGGCAUGGAUCCCGUCGAGGUCAAGAGGAUGGCUUCCAUGGGCAAAGUGUACGUCCAAACUCUGAGUCCCCAGGCCUCAAUAGCACUCCGUACUGUACGCGAUGACCACGCCCGACACCAACUAUUCAUGGCUUCUCGCACCGCUUCCCGCAGGACGGUCCAUACCUUGGAGGAGCUCAUGUUGUUGCGUGGUGAGUCGGCCAAGCUUUCGGGCUUCGAGAGUUAUGGCCACCUCGUCCUCCAUGACCGUAUGAUGGCCAGCACCCCCGAGUCUGUGAGACAGUUUCUCCAAGCUCUGUCCGAAAACACCAGACCUCAAGCUCAACAGGAGGUGGCUGAUCUCACAGCAGCCAAGAGGGCGCACAAGGGUGACGAUGCAACCCUCGAGCCCUGGGACAAGGACUUUUACGCCGAGUCCAUCCGUCAGGCCAUCAAGUCCCGGCAGAAGCGUGAAGACCUGUCCUCUUACUUCUCCCUCGGCACCGUUAUGCAAGGCCUUUCCAGGAUAUUCACUCGCCUCUACGGUAUUCGCUUCGUCCCCCGCGAGCCCAUGCCCGGUGAGACCUGGCACCCUGACGUGCGUCGGCUAGAUGUUGUCUCGGAUGUUGAAGGCCAUGUCGCCGUCCUAUACUGCGACCUAUUUUACCGCCCCCUCAAGUCGCCCAACCCAGCCCACUUUACUCUCCGCUGCUCUCGUGAGCUGUCACCCCACGAGAUUGCUGAAACUGCCCAUACCCAAACCGAAAACCCACAUGUUUUGAUUCCCUCCUUCGAGUCUGCCGAGUUUGCUGCCAAUGAUGGCAUGGCCUACUCUCGCUCCCAGGAUGGUGCUAUCAAGCAACUCCCCACCAUUGCUCUUGUGUGUGACUUUCCCCAGCAAUCCCACAACCGGCCCGCUCUUCUGUCUUUCUUUCAGCUUGAAACGCUUUUCCACGAGAUGGGUCACGCGAUUCACUCCAUCCUGGCCCGAACCUCCUUCCAGAACGUUAGUGGUACCCGAUGCGCCACUGAUCUCGCCGAGCUUCCUUCUACUUUGAUGGAAUACUUUGCUGCUGACCCGUCUGUUCUCGCCCUAUUCGCACGCCACUACGAGACUGACAACCCCCUUCCCUAUGAGUGGGUCGACAACAAGAUCCGCGAGGCCCGUCGCUUCGAGGCACUGGAUACUGAAAAUCAAAUCAUCCUUGCCAUGCUCGAUCAGGAAUUGCACUCGUCCAAGGCGUUGCAAGGCCACAUUGACUCCACCGAAAUCUUCCACAGCCUUCAGAGACAGUACAGCACCGCCCCGCCUGACCCCCAAGGAACGGCAUGGCAGGGCUUUUUCGGCCACUUGGUCGGAUACGGCAGCACAUAUUACAGUUACCUCUUUGACCGGGUCUUGGCUCAGAGAGUAUGGAAUGUCGUAUUCAACAGUGGACAAGGCGGAGCAGCACUGCAAAGAGAAAACGGAGAGAGGUUGAAGGAAAACCUGCUCAAGUGGGGAGGUAGCAAGGACCCUUGGAAAUGCCUUGCGGGUGCAUUGAAGGAUGAGAGGUUAGAGGGAGGUGGAGAGAAGGCAAUGAAGUUGGUUGGAAGCUGGGGAGGUCAGCGGGGAACAAAGAGCGACCAAGCAGUAUAGCAGUGAGAAAGAUAUGGCAACCUGGAAAACCAGUGGCCGCUCUUGGCUGAACAGUUGACA